AUGGUCCAGCAUUCUCAAUAUUUUACCUUUACUAUCCAUAUAAUGAACCCUCAAGAGAUUGAAUUCUUUAGAAAGCAACAAUUGGAAUUCAUUGAUGUGAUUGGUUAUGGCUCAUAUGGAAUCAUAUAUUAUGUUUACUCAACUGUCUAUCGUGAAUAUUUUGUUCUUAAAAAGAUUUCCAAGGCUAGCUUCAAUAAAACAGAAGUUGAAUGCUUAAUGCUUAUUGAUGACGAAAGGAUUGUCCGGUUAUACAAAUUUUACGAAUUCGAAGGCUUUAUUUACUUAUUAAUGGAGUAUUGUCCAUUUGACCUCGAAAGACUCCUAAUUGAUCGAAGCAAAUUGGUCAAUUUACACAAAUACAUUAGUGACAUUGUAAAUGCUGUUAAAGCUUGUCAUGAUCGAAAAAUUGCUCAUUGCGAUAUUAAAUGUUCCAAUUUCUUAAUUGACUCAUAUGGCAGGAUGAAGCUUGGCGAUUUUGGCAUGUCAACAAUAUGCUCAUCUCGAAACCAUUGUAAUAUCGGUAUGAAAGGAACCUUAAAUUAUAUAUCUCCAGAAAUAUUAGAAAGCGAUGAGUAUGAUCCUAUAAAAUCCGACAUCUGGUCUAUUGGAGUUACCAUUUUUUACGUCGCAACCGGAAAAUAUCCAUUUUUCGGUUCUGAUGAACAUGGCUUACGUCAGAACAUUAUAGAAUGCAACUAUGCAAAAGAUAUGAUUCGUGAUCCUGAAUUAAGAGAUUUGAUUUCGAAAUGUCUUCAAGUUAAACCAGAAUCACGAUGUUCCAUUGAAGAGCUAAUCCACCAUCCAUACUUUUCAACGCCACAUCCCGGAAUCACCAAAACAUUAUCCCAAAAAAAUAAUAUUAUUGUUGCGAAACCUCGCAUCGGUUCGAGACAAGUUAUUCCCAAGUUCCGAUCUGUUCCGAACAUGUUUAAUUCAAGCUUGGUCAAAAUAUAG